UAAUUUGAGAAAAGAGAGGGCAAUUUCCCUUUUUCUUUUCCGACCACGUCUCUCCACGUAGGUCAGUACUAGCCACACUAUCCUCUUUCAUAAGAGGAAUUGCAGUUAAUUCACCUUCAAAAACCCAAAACCCUAAAAAGCCAGAGAAAACAAAACCCCCAAAAUAUCUCUCGCUCUGAAACCGGCAUGGAUUUGCAGCAGAGCGAGUUCGAUCGCCUCUUGUUCUUCGAGCACGCUCGCAAGGCCGCAGAAGCUGAAUACGAGAAGAACCCUCUCGAUGCCGAUAACUUAACAAGAUGGGGUGGAGCUCUAUUAGAGUUGUCUCAGUUUCAGAGUUUUCCUGAAUCGAAGAAAAUGACCCAAGAGGCUGUUUCGAAGCUAGAGGAGGCGCUUGCAGUGAAUCCCAAGAAGCAUGACACUCUUUGGUGCCUGGGAAACGCUCACACUUCGCAAGCGUUUUUAAUUCCGGACCAGGAGGAGGCAAAGGUUUAUUUUGAUAAGGCAGCUGUGUACUUUCAGCAAGCUGUUGAUGAGGAUCCUUCAAAUGAACUUUACCGCAAAUCAUUGGAAGUGGCUGCUAAGGCUCCUGAGCUGCAUGUAGAAAUCCAUAAGCAGGGAUUUGGUCAGCAGCAGCAGGCGGCAGCAACAGCUGGAUCUUCUACUUCUGCUUCGGGUACAAAGACUCAGAAGAAAAAGAAGAGCAGUGAUCUGAAGUAUGACAUAUUUGGAUGGAUAAUUCUGGCAGUCGGCAUUGUUGCAUGGGUGGGAUUUGCAAAAUCAAACCUGCCACCGCCUCCCCCUUCCCCUCCUCGAUAAGUGAAGCCAUUUGAUUUGAUCUCACACAUUAUUGAUUAUUGAGAAUGAUAUUUGAUUUCGGUUAGUGUCGUUUAUUUAGUUUGACAGUAGUAAUGUUUGUCAUGGUGUAGCCGUUGGCUUAUCUUAUCCAUCAUACAAAAUUUUCUUACUGUGGGCUGAGCAGUUAAAAAUGUCCGGCUUAGAUGGUUGCUAGUAUUUGCAAAAUCAAAAGCAUUGCCAAUUUGCCAUCAGUUAAGUAUUGAAAAUAAUAAGAAUUUUGCUGCAAGGUUUCCGUUUUUCA